GGUGGAGCAAGAUCUUGUCUCUUAAAAAGAGCAUAUAUGGGUAAUACUAGAAGAAAAGUAUAGCGAUAGUGAUGAGAUUGCCAGGAGAAAGGGGAGAAUUAUAUUUACUGUGAAGAUCUGGGAGUGCCUAAAGAUUGUGGGUUUUGAGCUGAUUCUUAAAGGAUUGACAGAAUUUCAUGAGAUAGAUGGCAGUUAUUCUAGACAGUAAGUAACUUGAGCAAAGGCUUUGAAAUAGAAGAAAAGUAGUGCUUAUUUUGGGAAUACAGAAUAAGAUCUUGGGGAAUAAGAUUUGAGAAGGUAUAAGGUUGAAAAGUAGGUAGGGCUAAGUUAAUGAUACUUCAUUAGAGUAUUUCAAAUUUAAGAACUUUCUUUUCAAACAUGAUAUGCUAUCCAUUUGGAUAUGCUGUGAGGCGAAUUGUAUUUUCUUGACUUUUUUGAGAAAUACAGUGAAAGCUUGGAACCAAGUCAGCCUAUGAAAGGACCUAUGCUAUUUCUUCCUCUCAAUGAGAUAGUUAUAAAAGGGUGUACUGUAUUCACAAUGACACAGACUGUUAUCACUAGAUUAGACAAUGCCACAUGUGACUAACAGCUGAUUUCAGUUUCAUUUUAGUAUUCGAUCUUAAAGGUUUACACAUUCUUUAACUAUACUUGUUUUUAGUGAAAAAGAAGUAAAAUAUUCCUAGAUGAAGAUUUUUCCAGAAGGACUUUGAGUCAAAGAAGGCUUUUCAUAUUUGACAAUUCUGGAGACUGGAAGUCCAAGAUCGAUGUGCCAGCAGGGUUGGUUUCUGGUCUUGUCAUCUGUAAUGAAGAUCACUGUGAAACAGAAGAUUGAAUAAAGCCUUGUAACAUUGGACCUAGAUUAGAAAUUUAGAAAAGAAAGUCAGUCACAUUGGUGUUAGUGUUCCAAUUUCAUAAUAUUUAUUUUUUCUUCUAAAUAGAUUUAGGGAGUAGAAAUUAAAAUUCAGUGCUAUACCAAAUGAUAUACUAAUAUUUGUUUGGCUUUUUUUUUUCCUUUUUGUGAGAGAGAAAAAAGUAGAUAACAAAAAGCCAUAGUCAUUCAUAAUGAAAUAUAGUAAGCAGAAUUUUAUGAUGUCAGUUCUUGGCAUUAUAAUAUAUAUAACUGAUUUAAUUGUGGACAUAUGGGUAUCCGUCAGAUUUUUCCAUGAAGGACAGUAUGUUUUUAGUGUUUUAGCAUUAAGCUUUAUGCUUUUUGGAACACUUGUGGUUCAGUGUUUUAGUUAUUCUUGGUUCAAGGCUGAUUUAAAGAAAGGAGGCCAAGAAAGUCAGCAUUGUUUUCUUCUACUUCAUUGCUUGCAAGGAGGAAUUUUUACAAGGUAUUGGUUUGCCUUGAAAAGGGGUUACCAUGCAGCUUUCAAAUAUGACAGCAAUACUAGUAACUUCAUGGAAGAACAAAUUGAUCUACAUAAAGAAGUUAUAGAUAGAGUGACUGAUUUGAGCAUGCUCAGACUAUUUGAGACCUACCUGGAAGGCUGCCCACAACUUAUUCUUCAGCUCUACGUCCUUCUGCAGCAUGGACAAGCAAAUUUCAGUCAGUAUGCAGCCAUCAUGGUGUCUUGCUGUGCUAUUUCUUGGUCAACAGUUGAUUAUCAAGUAGCUUUAAGAAAAUCCUUGCCUGACAAAAAGCUUCUUAAUGGGUUAUGUCCCAAAGUCACAUAUCUCUUUUACAAGUUGUUUACAUUAUUAUCGUGGAUGCUGAGUGUUGUACAUCUACUAUUCCUAAAUGUUAAGAUUGCUUUAUUUCUGUUGUUGUUUCUUUGGUUGUUAGGUAUAAUAUGGGCAUUUAAAAAGAACACCCAAUUUUGUACUUCUGUAGGUAUGGAAUUCUUAUAUAGGAUUGUUGUUGGAUUCAUUCUUAUCUUUACAUUUUUUAAUAUUAAGGGACAGAAUACCAAGUGUCCAAUGUCUUGUUAUUAUAUUGUGAGGGUACUGGGCACUUUGGGGAUAUUGAUUGUGCUCUGGGUUUGCCCCCUCUCUAUUUUUAAUCCAGGCUAUUUUAUACCUAUCAGUAUCACUAUAGUUCUUACUCUUCUUCUUGGAAUUCUUUUUCUUACUGUUUAUUAUGGAACUUUUCACCCAAACAGAAGGGAAGAAACAAGACGUGAUGAAAUUGAUGGAAAACCAAUUCUACGAGAAUGUAGAAUAAGGUAUUUCCUAAUGGAAUAAGCUAUUCAUUUAUGAUAUAUGUUUUCUUAUUUUUUGUUUCAUUAGUUAGUAAAGAAACUGUGUGUUAA